GUUUAAGCUGUUUUCCAUGUGAAUCAUUACAGUGAUUCACACUCUGCAUUUACAUUAAUAAUUUAAACAGAUUGUCUGCUGGAUCAAUUCCUUAUCAAUACCAGUCUUCUUGAAAUAAAGCAGUGGCAAGUUGGAUGAAAUGUCUGUGCUUCAUAUGAACACUUCUGAAAACUAUAAAUAAAAUAUGUUAAGUUAAAUAUUUGUCUAAUGUGUUUUUCCUGUUUUUGCAUAGAAAAUUGACCAGAAUACUCUUACCAUUUUUUCUCUCCCAAGUAAGCCCCAGUGAGUUUAGUAAGAUUAUUUCUGACAAGUGUCUGGAAGUAACUUGUCAAGCUUUUGUUUAAAGAAGUAGUUCUUCUUGCUGUUUGUAUUGUUCUCCUUUUGUUUCUACUGUGGCUCAAACAGUUGGUUAUUUAAUAACAAGAUUGAUGCUGAGGUUGUUUCUAUGGUAGCCAUAGUUAUCACGUGGAUAGAAAAUGUGGUUAAAUCUUCUGAACGGGCACAGACAGCAAAACAAACACCACCAGGGUGUUGACCAUUUCCUAUGCUAUCCAAAGCUAAACAAUAUACGUAUAUAUUUGCCUGGUACUACCCUUUGAAAAUGCACUUGUUCUAACUUACAAACAAAUUUAUUUUAAGAACAAACUUACAGAACCUAUCUUGUUUGUAACUUGGGGACUGCCUGUAGACAAUUAUCAUCAGGCUGUGUGUAUAAGAUAUAUAUGAAACAUACAAACAUACAUGUUUAGACUGGCCCCAUCUCCAAGGUACCUUGUUAUGUAUAUUAAUUAAUUAACAUACUGCUCUUCUCCCCCGGGGGGGACCCAAAAACAGAUAUUCCAUUGUCUGAAACAAAAUCAAAAUGCAAAAUAUUUCUGGCCCUUACCAUUGGAAAUAUUGGGUGGACUUUUGGGAGAGGAAAUCCAAAGUCUUCCCUAGAACUAGCCAGUUUUGAUUUAUGGUAUUUCAAGGUUUUCACUGAGAUAUAUUUUGAAACAAUACAGCUUCUUAAAAAUUGGAGAACUUUUUUCUGCCGUAUAUGCAGUGGGUUAAACUGCUGGACUUGCUGACUGAAAGGUUGGCGGUUUGAAUCCAGGGAGCAAGGUGAGCUUCCGCUGUUAGGCCCAGCUUCUGCCAACCUAGAAGUUCAAAAAUAUGCAAAUAUGACUAGAUCAAUAGGUACCGCCUUGGCAGGAAGGUAACAACACUCCAUGUAGUCAUGCUGGCCACAUGACCUUGGACGUGUCUACAGACAACACUGGCUCUUUGGCUUAGAAAUGGCGAUGGGCACCAAUCCUGAGAGUCAGACACAACUAGACUUAAUGUCAGGGAAAACCUUUACUUUUACCUAUCCUUUUUAAAACUUAAGAUAAAUAAAAAAAUAAUAGAGGGUAUGUUAGGGAAUACUGGUUUUGGUGUAUUAUUGUAAAGUAAAAAGAUGACAGAAAAGAUAAAUUAUGAUUGGUAUUACCUUGAUUGCAAUUUGCUACUGUAGCCUAAACACAAGAAUUAUUCAAUCUGUAAAUUUGGCUGUGGAACUCUCUGCCCUGCACUGUGGUGGAAGAUCCUUCUUUGGAGGCUUUUAAGCAGAGGCUGGAUGGCCAUCUGUCAGGGCUGGAUGGCCAUCUGUCAAGAUUUUCCUGCUUCUUGCAGGGGGUUGGACUGGAUGGCCCAAAGAGGUCUCUUCCAACUCUACGAUUCAAAAAAAAAGUGUAAUUUCAAGAUGGAAAGUACUCUUUUACCUAAUGAAACCUGACAUUUAAAUCUGAUUUUAGAGCCCAGAGACCUGUAUCUAAGCAGUGUUAUCAUUUAACUGAACAGAAUUGGCUGUUGAGUCAGUUCCCUGGGGCAGAAAUAUUUUUCAGAGAGCCAGAUCAGAAAGUUACGCCGCACCAACAAUAUUGGAAGAAGCCCUAGGCUGGGCUGCUUUUCUUGCACAACAACAUGUCUUCUCGUAAUCCUGUAAAGCAAGGAACAUUAUGUGAUUUGAACAAUUUAUUUUUAAUAGUUCUAUGUUUAAUUCUGUUUUAGUGUUUAUAUAUUGUGGGUUUUAAAUUGUAAAUUGUAUUGUUUUUAGCAUUGUAGUCACGUUGAGUCUCCUAUAAGAGAGAAAAGUGGGAUAUGCUGAUUGAAGCAUAUCAUAAAGAAAUAAAAGUUCUUCACGAAAAUAGACAUAUUUAACUAAAUCUUUGAAAUGUUACUUUUUUGGACUGUUAUCUCCCAGAAUCCCUCACUCACAGGGCUGCUGGAUAGGGAAUAAUGGGUGUUGAGGUCCAACAAGCAUAUUUUACAAAGUCCCACUCUAUUUUGCGAUUUCCAAAUUUUAGAGAAAGUUGCUUGAACCUAGAAGAAAGAUUUCCUGGAACCAGGGUUGUACUGAAACUAAUGUCUGUCAGUUUUAUAACUUUUAUUGAGAACACAAUAUAUAUGCAGCUAUCUACAUAUGUAAACUCUCGCUGUACUUGCACUGUAGAAUUAAUGCGAUUUGACACUACUUUAACUGCCAUGGCUCAAUAUUGUAGAAUACUGGGAGUUGAAGUUUUAUAAUGUCUGUAUCCUUAUCCAAAGAGUGCCUUACCGAACUGCAAAUCCCAGGUUUCCAGCACAUUGAGCCAUGGCCGUUAAUGUGGUGUCAAACCGCAUCAAUUUUUGUCCACAAUGUGAUACUAAUGAAAAUAAGUCUCUACCAGUAAUUAUGCAUUUACACCAUUUUCAAACCCAACUCCUAAAAUCUUCAUAUUUGUGGCAUACUGACAAAAGCUUGUUUGAGAACAGACACAUCCUAUCGCUCCUGUUUCAUGCUAUAAAUGUUGGAUUAUCUAGCAAUCAUGCAUGCAUUUUCAAUGUGGUUAGUUGUGUUUGUUGUGUUAGUUGCUUAGUAACCUGAAGCCAAAGCUGCAUUCCAGAGUUGAUGGCACCAUUUUAGGGGUUUUGCAUGUGAUGUGGGAAAUGGGAGGAGUAUACUUCCUGGAGACAUAAAGGAAGUUACAUAUGCCUUUAGAAUUUGGAGCAUAAAAGGGGAGACUUUCUUUUGUUCUCUCUCUUCCUGCCUCUUCCUGCUCUUCCUGCUUCUUGAUCCUGCCAUGCUGAUGUUACUUCUUGUUAAGAGAUAUGUAGUAUCCUGAACUGUAUUCUUUUGGAACUAAGAUGUUUUACCUGUAUGACCAUCAUCAUACAAGAUUGCAAAAGCGGGUGGGGCGAGCUGUCACUCUGCUCGCCUGCGCUGUCAGGAGCCGAGUCUUGCGCCAGUCAGUCUCUGACCCUCCGCCAUUCGCCCGCUUCCUCCCGGCCAUGUAUCUCUGCAGGGUGGCCUGGCAGAGCCUCGCCUCUCGCCUCACGCGAGCCGCUCCUGUCCUCCGUGGACAAGCACCCUUCCGCCAGAUGUCUGGAAGUGUUCCUGGUUCUUCUGGAGAGAACAUCAUCUACUAUCUGCUGGUUAUUGGUGCGGCUGGUGCAGGUGGUUUUUACGCCUAUAGAACAAUUUCUUCUGACAAAGCCAGAUACAAUGAGCGGGUUGAAGAAAUUCAGCAACGAUCUACCGCAGAAUGGAAACCAAAACCCUGGCCUCCUCAGUCCUUAGAAAAUGAGGAAACAGAUGCUAAAGAAGAAGUUCCUGAAGCAAGUGAAGAGGCAAAGGAUGCUGUUGAGAAGGGUGCAGAAGAAACUGAAACCAAAGAAGAGGACGAAGCAAUAACUACAGAUGAAGCUCAGGUACAGAAUCCAACAAAUACUGAAUCUACCAAAGUGGAAAAAGAAGAAAAUUCACCCACUGAAGAGGCUUCUCCUGCUGUACAAGAAACUGCUGCUUCUGGUUCAGGCACAGAUGAAACUCAAGGUUAAUGGAAUGUAAUGAUAUUUUUGCCUUCUACCACAGGAAAGCACUAUUGUGUUCUUAAUAACAAAGGAAGUAUUCCAAACUGAAUGCAUUUAAAAUGUCAGGGUUCAGUAUUAGAUUCAAGAUUCUUGAUUGCAUCUAGUACAAGAAAGUCUUCAGUGUUGUAUCUGGUGGUGGGCUCCUAAUUUUCUUCCAGAAGGAAUCAUGGCUAGCCAAUAUGUCUUAAAUAGAAUGCAUGGUUAUGUUUCCUUUCCUAAAUUCACAACCUUUAAGAUACUAUCUAGAUAGGUACUCUAGCUCAUUCCAUAUAUAAAUACUCGGAAAUCUUGGUAGCUAUGGUCUCCCAAAAACCAUUGCAUAUUUGAGGAAUUAAAAUGAAUAAAUAAGGGAUUUAUUUUGAUUGUAGGCAAAUAUUGUAUUUCUGGAAAAAAUAGGUAUUUUUAUAAAUAUGUAUUUGGAAAUAUAUCAGAUAACAUUAUGAUGUUCUUCUCUGACUUUUGGUGCAGAGAAAUGCAUAAUUCAGUAUGAACUGUAAAAACUAUGAUCAAAUCAGACCCUUUUGAAAUAAUCUUGUUGGCUGUGAUUCAGCAACCGAAGCUUUGGAAAGGUAUUUUCUAAAGCUGUGGCUGCAAUCUGACAAUAGACAAUAUUUCCUUUAGAAUGCCUUCAAGACUAAAUCAUUAAGAACUAGAUGAGUAAAAGGUAGGGCAGAAGUGCAAAUCAAGUAGCCCUCAGGUAUGUUGAACUGCAAUAAGAAUAUAGAUCUUUGUCAGUUUUGUUCUUGCAAGCAAGAACAUUUUUUCCCACUCAUUGUAAGAAAGUAGUGGGCAACUUCACUGAUUUCAAAAUACAAUUUGCAGUUUGUAACUUAAUCUGAGCAAAACAAUUAUGCACUUUUGUAAAGACAAUCCUGUUUUCUAUGCAAUAAACCCACAUGCACUUUCCCACACAGAAUGAGUCUCAAACUGUGAAGAUUUUCAAGCACUUCUCAUCAGGAUUCCCCAACACUUGGAACAUUCAGAUUUCUUUACCACAUUCCUAAUAUUUUCAAUACAUUUUUGUCCCAAAAUUGCAAUGCUCAGCAUUCUUCGCAUGUGGUUAUGCUGGCCAGGGCUUUUGAUAAUUGCAGUCCAACAACAUCUGGAAGGUCACACGAUUCCCACCUUUCAUCUAGGGCAGUGGUUCUCAACCUGUGGGGCCCCAGGCAUUUUAGCCUACAACUCCCAGAAAUCCCAGCCAGUUUACCAGCUGUUAGGAUUGCUGGGAGUUGAAGGCCAAAACAUCUGGGGACCCAUAUGUUGAAAACCACUGAUUUAGGGGUCAAAUCCAAUUGUUAGUCUCAAUCACAUUAGACUAGUUGAAAUAAAAGGUCUUGUGUAUUUGUUACGAAAUCUUUUUCAGUUUAAUCAUACUAACAAAAGGAUGUUAGACCCAUUGUAUCUGUAUACCAUACUUCAAAUAUAAUCUUAUUUCCCUACUGGUACCCUUGAUUUCACCUACUCAUCUCCAAAAAACGUUUUCUAUAGGCAUUUCUAAAUCCUCUAGCAUAAUUGUAUGGUAUGCUUCCACUGCAAGUUCACCAUAGACUUGUGAAGGAGCUAGAAUUUCUAGAGAAGUGUUUUCUAUAAAUGUAUUAUCUGCAGUUUCACAUUGAGGAGCUGCAGUAGCACAAUGGGUUAAAUCCUUGUGCGGGCUGAACUGCUGACCUGAAGGUUGCUGGUUCUAAUCUGGGUGAUCUCCCGUCUGUCAGCUUUAGCUUGCAGGGACAUGAGAGAAGCAUCCCAACAGGAUGGCUAACACAUCCAGGCGUCCCCUGGGCAAUGUCUCUGUAGACAGCCAAUUCUCUCACACCAGAAGCGACUUGUAGUAAGUUCUCAAUUUGUUUCUGACACAAUAAUUUUUUUUUCAUAUUUCCAUGGUGAGUCCAGGAACAUAUCCUUCACAGAUAAAGGGGUUGUAAUGUAUUUUGAUCUAUGUAAUACUGUAAUUGGAUUCAGGCCUAGAUUUUUUCAUUCACCUGGAAUGGUAAUGGGCUGACAGCUUAGCACACAUGCUUAGCCAUCCCAGCUGUAUUCAGUAUUAGGUCAAUUGUAAAAUGAAUUUAGUGCAACCCAUUGCUUAUCAUUUUUCAUAAUAAAAGAUCUGAUUAAAAAUGAAAUAGCAUUUCCACAAUUGUAUUCUGAGGCUUAAUAUAAUAUUUGGAAUCAUUUUUUCUUAAAAUCAAAUAAAUUUGCUGUAUUGAGAUCUAUUUCCUUUCCCUGCCUUGUCCAAUAUUUCAGGACUUUGAGGUACGAUGUCAAGAAAAUAAGGAUUCUAUUCCAUGGAAAGUUACCAUUUUAAAAUUAAAAACAAACACUUUGGAGUUUUAAAUUAAAGAAAAUGUAUUAACACCCAAACAUCCAUAUAAUUUUAAUAUUUUUUUAAAAAAAACAAGAUAUUGCAAACAUUGAUUUAGGUAAGUGUUGAUUGUUUUAAUCAGGUUUUCAUUUAUCUUUUAAUUCUCCAGUUUUCUAUUCAGAAGCUUCUAUUUUCAAAAAUGCAAAAAAUGUUGCUCCUAACAUAAUCAGUCAAUUUAUUAAAAAAAAUAGCUGUCUAACAUUGAGUGAGAAAGUUGGUACAUCUAGCUUAAUUCUGCUAUUGUUUCGGGAGUCAGGAUGUGGAGAACCUGGAAAUGGGAUGUGAAAUGAUGUUAAUGAAACAUUCCAAAGCAUUUGAAUUAUAUUAAAACUCAUGAUUCACCACUUUACUAUUAGUGGCCACUUCCCCUCUUUCAUAACAGUCCCAAAGUUAGAGGGAUUUCCCUUUCACCUCUUUUGGGGUUUAGCAAAGAUUUCAGCGGCUGUGGAUUGUUAUGUGAAUGAAAAGCUCGACAGCGUAAGUAUGUGAAUGUGAAGUGCUUCCAUAUAUCCAGGAAGCUGGAAUGUUGUUUGGAGCCUUCAUCUUAAAACAGUAAAAGGAAUAUACAGUAGCUGGGAAAAUUACAAGUCUCAGCAAGGUUAGAUCCACUGAAUUAGUGGGAUUUAUAAAAGUGUUGAAUUGGCCUUCAGCAAUUUGGUUCAGUGAGUCUGUUGUAGUUAAGGCUAACAAGCAGAUUUUUGUCUGAACAUUUGAAAUGCUCCAGCUAGCACACAUAAGGUACAUCAGUUGUGGGUUUUAUAACAUUUUGAUUUAAUUUAAUAGACUAUGACUACUAAAAUAUAUUUUCUACCUUUUCAAACAGAGUUUUAGAAAGAUUUCAGGAAUGUGAAUUAUGUAUAAAAUAUGUGGAAUACAUAUAUAUAAUCUAUAGAAUAUAUUAAAGAAGUACUCAUUGAGAAAAAUACCUCUGUUUAAAAGUAGCAUUUUCCUACUUUUGAAAUGGAAAACAUUUUUUUACUGCGGAUACAGCUGGCAUGCUAACACAGUAAUAUUCUUCUACUGCACUGUAAUGUUUUUAUAUCAAUAAAGACUUGCUUCCCUGUUAAUCUUUUCCAUGUAGAGUAAUGAGUAUAAACAGAAUAAAACUGAAUGCUGGGUUGAUGUUUUGCCCACUGUUUCCUCAAUAAAAGCCCUUGUAUUUCAAAUUAA